AUGCGCUUUUCGAUAUCUCGAGCAUCCGGCGGACUGGGAGCAGGCCGGGCACGGUUCCAGGCGGAGAAGCCCUGUGCCCGCGGGGGUAUCCCCGGGGAGGCCGGGGACCCUACGCCGAGCUUCACAACAUUCCACCAGAAACCAGCAUUCACCAAAACAACAACACACCACCACACAACCCAACCAAAACACCCCACCCACGCACUCCCCAUCACCACACUCGCCAUCGACCACACAACACCCAUCAGAAACCCACUCAACCCCCAGGGAAUACUCUACGCAGCGGGCAGAGACGGGCUGAUCAGCGCAUGGGAACUCAACCAGCACAAACAAGCCAGCUUCAGGCAAGCCAUCCAACCACACACCCACUGGAUAAACGACCUCAUCCUAUGCAACCAAAACCAAACCAUCAUCUCGGCCUCAUCCGACCGCACCAUCAAGGCAUGGAACCCACACUCACCCCAGCACGCACUCUGCCCAGCAACCAUCGGAACACACCUCGACUACGUCAAGUGUCUCGCACACAGCCCUAAAGCUGCCUGGGUCGCCAGCGCAGGCCUCGACCGAACCAUCCUGCUCUGGGACACCAACGAAGCCAGACCGAACCCACUGGGCGAAUUCUCAGAGAACCUCGUCGGCACCUCCAUCUACUCACUCGCCACCACCCCCGCCGGACAGCUGCUCGCCGCCGGAUCCCCCGCCCAGGCCAUCGCCCUCUACGACCCCAGGCUGGCCACACAGCUCGCCAAGCUCGUCGGCCACACCGACAACGUCCGCGCCAUCCUCCUCGCAGACGACGCCACACGCCUGCUCUCGGCCUCCAGCGACGCCACCGUCAAGAUGUGGGACCUGCGCAGCCAGCAGCGCUGCCUCCACACCUUCGCACACCACUCCACCUCCGUCUGGGCCCUCCACAGCCAGCACCCUGCCCUCGAGAUCUUCUACUCCGCCGACCGCGCCGGCUGGCUCUGCAAGCUCGACCUCGAAGGCUCAGACGACUUCCGCGACGGCCAGUGCAUCGUCCUCGCACACGCCCGCCAGAGUAGGAGCCACCACCAGCAGGGCAUCAACAGCAUCCUCGCCUUCGACAACUUUGUCUGGACCGCAUCCGCUAGCUCGUCCAUCGAGCGCUGGGCGGACAUCCCCACCCGCAUCCAGCGCCCCCUCGUCCCGCUCUUCUCCCAGUUCGACCAUCUGCUCCCGAACGCGGACCACCAGGACCCCGAAUCGAUCACGAUCCACUCCCCCAAAUCCGACGCCAGCAUCCCCAGGCGCCCCAGCCAUCAUCACAUCCACUCGACCAUGUCCAGCCUCAGUCUACGCCCGCCUACCCACCCUGGCCUCGAGCCUGUCAAGCUCCAUUCGCCCCUCACCAUCGACGCUACUAUCCCUCUGCGGAGCUCGCCUGUCGACCUCAUCCUGGGCUGCUCGGGCCUGAUUAAGAGCGAGCUGCUCAACGACUGUCGACAUGCUCUGACGAUCGAUACCAGUGGUCGGAUCGCCCUCUGGGACAUCAUCAGCUGUACCUGUCAGGGCAUCUUCGACCCUGACGAGCUGGAACGCGAACUCGACCACGGGUCCUCCGCGGGCUCCUCUGGUUCCAACUACACGCCUAGCGAGCUCUUGAAACUGGUCAAGGAGCGGAUUGAGGGCCAAGCGACGAUCGGCACCUGGUGCACAGUGGAGACGCAGACCGGACUUCUGACGGUCCAUCUGGACGAGCAGCGAUGCUUCGACGGCGAGGUGUAUGCCGACGAGGCCGGGCUGGCCGAGGAGGUGCUCGAGCUGAUGAAGGAGGACCAUCGGCUCUGCUUGGGUAGAUGGGUGCUGAGGAACUUGUUCGACGGCUUCAUCAACCAUCAUGUUCAGCUUCGUCUCCGCAACGAAAACCCCACUACCCCGUCGGCCGCCACUGACGCUGCCAACCCAGGACAGACAGCCGAAUCUGACGAGCAGCAGCAGAACAAGAAGAUAUAUCUCCCCGGGAGGCCGUUUGUUCCGCACACGCCUGGGAUGACCAUCGCCCUCGCCACCCCCGCCCUCACGCCGGCCAUUCUCCCCGACCUCAAGACUCUCACGGGGCCGAAGAACCAACAGGCCGCCGACCACUCGGCUGAUUACUUCUCGCUCCCACGUCUGAUGGAGGCUGAUGAAGAGCAGCUGGGCUCGGAAGCGCUCACGCCCGGUGGUGGCGGUGGUGCUGGUGGCGGAGGCGGAGGCGGAGGCCUGGACUCGAGCACGGACGCGAGUAGCUCGUACACCUCCUCGGUCUAUCCGCUGCCCUCGCCCCGACGGGCCUCGCCAGUACCGGUGACUACCACCCAAGACGGCCUUCCACGCGACGACAAGACGCCGAUGACGGAGAGUCCUGCGGCCAGUUGGAGCUCGACGACGUCCAGCGCGGCCGCCCCGCCGCCGCCCAACUCGGCCAACAUCUUCAGCAGGUUCAGGUCCCUUGGACGCGGGCAGAAACGGCGCGGGAGCUCAGACCCCGCCGCGCCUCCGGUGAUCUCCAACCCGAUCCCCUACCGCGAAGAUGGGGACCAGGCCGAGCUAGAUGGGCAGCGCUUGUUGAUGCUCGAGAAGGCCAAGGCCCAGCAGGCCCUCGUCGUCCAAGCCGUCCUCGCCCAGCCCUUCGAGCCCUGUGGCCCGCUCGAUGCGCCCGCGUUGAUGCUCCCGCCAGACACGACGAUCCUGGUCUCUGAGGAAGAGCCCCAGUCGGGCGGCUGGGAGGUCGCGUAUCGCGGCCUCGUCGCGACUACCGAGCUCGAUGCAGAGGUCCUCAUGGACGUCCUCCCCGGAUGGAUCCUCGGCUUCCUGCUCGCUAACCGGAUCUCGAACAAGGAAGGCGGCGCAUCAACGACGACGACGACGACGACGGUCAAGGUGACGUUCGUGUUGCAGCCCGAGGGCGGGCGAGAGGCUGCCGGCCUCCCAGAGCUUCCCAACGGGAACGCACGAUUGACGGCGUCGCGCGUGUUGCGGAUGAAGAAAGUGGCGGCGUAUGUGGCCCAGAAGCUGGACCCGGCGGGGAGCGAACAGGGCACACUCACGCCCACCUCGACUUCGGGCCCGAACCCCCGCCUGCCCGCCGUCGACGAAUCGCUCAUCGUGCUCUCGUGUAACGGCCAAGACCUCCCCCGUACGCUGUCUCUCGGCGUCGUUAAGCAGUGGGUGUGGGCCCAGCCCGGGGACGUCGUUAUCUGCUAUCGCCGCCAAGGUCUGGCGCCGUCUGCUUGA